AUGAGGCAGACUUUCGAGUUGGGGGCCCGACACACUGGGUCAACCCCUCUGGCGGUGGCCCCGGGGGCGCCACUUGGGAACGAAGACGAUGCGAGUCCAGCACAGUCAACAGCGCUUCAACGAGCAGCAAGCAACAGCAAACGAACGAACCGCAAGCGCGAAAAACUCGAGCGGGUCGAAAAGGCCUAG